CUAGGGAUGCAUGGUUCGGGCUUCUUUUUUUUUUUUGUCUAUUAUUUACCAUUCUUCUUCAAGUUGGUGCUCCAGGUUUGGUGCCAAGGAUUUUCCUUGCCCCCUUUUUUUUCACUUUUUUUCACAUAGGUAGAUCAUUGCUUUGCUUUUCUCUUCUUUCUACGGGUAUUAGGAUUCAUAUGGGUUACGAAAAUGAAGGUGGAGGGGAGGAAGAGAAGAGAAGGGAGCGCGGCGCAUAUUUCGGUAAAAAUUAUUCAAAAUUCAUUGAUUACUUGGGUUUGAGAAGAGGUGCGGCGAUGGGAGCUGGCUUGGAUUCGCAGGCAAGAAAAGGCAGACAGACAUACCCCGAUAGUUGAUCAAACGAUUCUGAUGGUGAGGUGAAACAUCUCUCUAUAUAUAUACAUAUAUUAUAUUUAUUUGCACAUAAUAGCACU